AAGGCUGGGGCGUGACUGACCGGGCGGGCUAUUUGACGCCACCGCAUGAUGUAAUGCUGUUCCCGGAAGACUGGGCGGCGAUCCGCGAUCAGCGGUCAAAACCGGCGGUGUCCCUGAUAAGCUGGUCGCUGCUGAGCUCCAAAAAUCCUUCUUCUACCCCCUUAAGCUCCCUCUGUCUCUCUCCUCCUCCUCCUUCUCCUCCCUCCCAAUUCCUCCCAUCCAUCACCAUGCCUCCCCUCAAGCUCAACACCAAGAACCUGUCGCAAAUUGCUGCGGCCGGGGCCUCCCGCGUUCGCAUCCCCACCUACCGCCGCGGUGCCGCCGUUAAGGAGGGAAUUGUUCACAUCGGAGUCGGUGGCUUCCAUCGCGCUCACCUGGCCGUCUAUGUCGACCAGUUGAUGCAGAAACAUGGCGUGACCGACUACGCCAUCUGCGGUGUCGGCCUCCAGCCCUUCGACUCCGCCAUGCGCGAUGCCUUGGCUUCCCAGGACCACAUGUACACCGUCAUUGAGCGUUCAGCGAAGGGCAGCUUCGCUCACGUCGUCGGUUGCAUCAACUCCUACCUCUUUGCCCCCGAUAAUCGCGAGGCCGUCAUUGCCAAGAUGGCCCAUCCCGAUACCCGCAUUGUCUCGCUCACCAUCACCGAGAGCGGUUACUACUACAACGAAAACACCCACGAGCUGCAGAGCGGCCACCCCGACAUUCAAUUCGACCUCGACCCCGUCAAUGAGACAUCCCCCCGUACCACCUUCGGUUUCCUCUACGCCGCCCUGGCCCGUCGCCACCAGCAAGGCCUCAUGCCCUUCACCGUCAUGUCCUGCGAUAACAUGCAGAAGAAUGGCUCCAUCACCCGCCACAUGCUCGAGUCAUUCGCUCGCCUUCGUAACCCCGAAGUCGCCGAGUGGAUCACCGAGAAGGGUGCCUUCCCCAACGCCAUGGUCGACCGCAUCACCCCCCAGACUUCCCCUGCCGACAAGCAAGCUCUCGCCGACAACCAAGGCAUCGAGGACGCGUGGCCCGUCGUCACGGAGCCCUUCAUGCAAUGGGUCAUCGAGGACGACUUCUCCGAUGGCCGCCCGCCGUUCGAGAAGGUCGGCGUCCAGGUCGUCAAGGAUGUCCACGCCGUCGAGCAAUUCGAGAAGCACAAGCUGCGUCUCCUCAACGGCAGUCACUCCGCUCUCGGCUACCCCGGUCAACUGGCCGGCUUCAGCUACGUCCACGAGGUCAUGGAGAACCCGCUCUUCCACAAAUUCGUCUGGCAGAUGAUGCAAGAGGAGGUGAAGCCCUCCCUGCCGGAGAUCCCCGGCGUCAACAUCGACGAAUACUGCAACACCCUCAUGGAGCGAUUCUCCAACCCCACCAUCAUGGACCAGCUGCCCCGGAUCUGUCUCAACGCAUCCGGCAAGAUCCCCCAAUUCAUCAUGCCCUCGAUCGCCGAAGCCAUCUGGGUGAACGGCCCGCUCCGUCGUCUCUGCUUCGUCGCCGCCGCCUGGUUCCGGUACGUCAACGGGGUCGACGACCACGGCAAGCCCUUCAAGGUCGAUGACCCGAUGGUGGAGGAACUCCAGGCCAAGGCUCGCGCCGGUGGCACCAACCCGGCCGAGUUGCUCAGCAUCAAGAGUCUCUUCGGUGAUGACUUGCGCAACGACCCGCGGUUCAUCAAGGAGCUCACGACCGCGAUGGAGCUCAUUGCCCGGGAUGGCAUCCUGAAGACCCUCCCCAAGUACAUUGACUAAUGAACCCGGGGCUCCUUCAUGAAUGAACUGUUCUUUUGUGGGCGAUGUUUAUAUGUGUGUUUAUAUGCGGGCUGCGGCAAGAGGUUGGGUUUCAAAAAGCAUGUGUAAGGAUAGAUAAUGAUAGAUUGGUUUAAUACUUUCGAUACUGUCAAGUCAUGUUAGGCUUGGUUAGCUGAGUUGAUACAUUUUUUUUCCCCCA